UUAGAUUUUAAGGCGAGCAUGAGUUUAUUUGAUGUUGAUGGAUACCCGUUCAAAAUACAUAACACAACUGUCAACCUUGCUACUUCUAAAAUAACUGUAAAUUGGGAUCCGGAUGGUACCGCUGAAUGUAAGAACCCUGAUGGUCUCAAAGAAAUAAACACCUAUAAACAAUGUAUUAGCACUACCAAACUUGGGAAGGGUGGCAAAAAGCAGGCUGACCAACUUGUGGCAAAAGGGGUGGACACUUGUUUAAACGAUAUGUUUAAAUACUUCCGCAAAUAUAAUGAAUUUUCACAAUCAGAUUUUACAACCCUG